AUGAUGAAAAAUCAGGUGUUGAUGGUAGUAGGAGCAGUGGGUACACUGAUAAUCGGAGGAACAAUCCACUAUCUCCUACGUCGUAAGAAGCGAGUCCCAGUGCUCUUAGAAAAUCCGUCAAAGAAAUACAGCCUCCCUCUAAUCGAAAAAGAAAUAAUCAACCACGACACCAGAAGGUACAGGUUCGGACUGCCGUCUACCCAUGUCCUGGGACUCCCCGUAGGCAGUUACGUAAUUUUGACCGCAGAGAUAAACGGGCAGCCGGUGAGGCACGCUUACACCCCAGUGUCCGAUGAUAACGACUUCGGGUUUGUCGAUCUCAUCGUCAAGGUUUACUUCAAGAAUGUCCAUCCCAAGUUCCCUGAAGGUGGGAGGCUGACCCAGUAUCUGGACGAAAUGAAGAUUGGAGACACUAUUGACUUCGAGGGACCUGGUGGACGGCUUAUUUAUCACGGGAACGGAAAAUUUGCGAUAAGAUUAUCUAAAACCGACCCCGUACAGCAUUUUUACAAUUUUAAAAAAGUUGUGAUGCUGGCUGGAGGCUCCGGAAUAGCACCAAUGCUCCAACUGAUCCGUGCAAUUGCAAAGAACCCGUCAGAUUCUACUCAAGUGUCCUUACUCUUUGCGAAUCAAAUGGAAAAGGACAUUCUGAUGCGCGAGGAACUGGAACAGGUUAUCAAGGACCGACCGGAACAGUUUAAGCUUUGGUACACUUUAGACACCGCUGACGCUAACUGGAAAUACUCCACGGGGUACAUUACCGCGGAUAUGAUCAAGGAACACAUGUUCCCGCCAGCAGAGGACACUAUUGUUCUGAUGUGUGGACCUAAGCCCAUGAUUAGUGUCGCCUGCACUCCUAAUCUUGAUAAAUUGGGUUAUGAUAAUAAAUUACGAUUUAUUUAUUAA